UGAGCCACCCACUACCCUUACACCACAUUUCUCACAUCUCUCUCUAGAUCUCUCUUUUUCCCCCAAGAAACCUUUUCGAUUAUUAAUUUGGAAUUCUUCAAGUGAUAUCAAGAAAAAAAAUGGAUAAUUCAUUGAGAAUUAGCCACGAAAAAGAGCUGAAUCUCGAGGCCACGGAGUUGAGGCUAGGGUUACCCGGAAGCGAUGAGCCUGAGAAGCGUUCUGUUGUCAGAAGCAACAAGAGAUCUUCACCUGAAGCAAGUGAAGAACUAGAGUGCAUGAGCAAGGGCAACAUGAAUUCUAAUGGUUCUGAUGUUACUAGUGAUCAUGACCAAGACAACGUUGUGCCACCUGCAAAGGCACAAGUAGUGGGGUGGCCACCGAUUCGUUCUUAUAGGAAGAAUAAUCUACAACAAAAGAAAGGAGAAGAAGGUGAAGGUUCUGGGAUGUACGUGAAAGUUAGCAUGGCUGGUGCACCUUACUUGAGGAAGAUAGAUCUCAAGGUUUACAAGAGCUACCCAGAACUUCUCAAGACCUUGGGAAAUAUGUUCAAGUGCACAUUUGGUGAAUAUUCAGAAAGGGAAGGGUACAAUGGAUCUGAAUAUGCUCCAACUUAUGAAGACAAGGAUGGUGACUGGAUGCUGGUUGGAGAUGUUCCCUGGAACAUGUUUGUGUCAUCCUGCAAGAGGCUGAGAAUUAUGAAAGGAUCAGAAGCAAAGGGUUUGGGAUGUUUAUGAGGCAAAAAACAAAGCAGGACCAUGCAUAUGCAUAUGCAAAACAUGGAGUAAAGCAAUUCAUAGUGACGUCAUCAAAGAGAAUUUCAUCUGUUUCGAUUAUUCAACCAAGCACUUGGCCUCUGAGAUGGUCAUAUUAUUUAGCUGAUUAAGAAGACAGAUCGAUGCACAUACACAAUUUUAUUUUGCUUUAUUUGUUUAUUUAAAAGCUAGGUGACUUUUAGACCUGCUUAAUUAAGUACACUAUUUCAAAUCCUCAAAGCCGAAACCAGAAUGGAAAACAGAAAUGAAAUGAGAAGACAAUAUUAAUAAAAGCAAAGCAAAUGAUAUUUUAUUUUAA